CCGUUAACCAAAUGCAGUGAAAAUCUUGAGGGUGAAAAAAACGCCACCAGUCAAGCAUAAUGCUACACAAUUUUUUUGCAAACGCAUAAUUUUCACAGAAAAGCCGAAAGAAAAGUUAAAAAAAACGUAGAAGAGCACGAAAAAAUAACAGCUCAACUAUAAGGCAGAGUUGGCAUUCAAAAGUAACUAAAACGAAUUUCGUAGGAAGCCAAAUAUAACAUUCAUAGUAUUUUCUCAGCCUUUGUGAAACAAUCAUCGCUUUCGGCUAUUGAAUUUUCAACGCGUGCGGUCAAACAGAAAAAAAAAAUCAUAAAGAACCGAAUUACAUACUUGUUAAAAACCAAGAACUAUGAGCGAGUUCCAGCAACAAGGCGGCAUCAAUCAAUCGCAGGCACUCGCCCAGGCAAUUCAGCGUGCCAAGCAGAUCGCAGCCAAGAUCCAGCCCAGCCAGCAGGGCGGCGCCACAGCGGGUCCAUCGCCACCGUCUUCGGGUGGAGCACCGAGCUUUAAGCGUAUCAACGACGACGGCGAUAGCGGUCCGGAGUCCAAACGCUCCUUGGGCAGUCCGGAAUACGCCAACAAUAGCUCCAACAUGAGCAGCGGCAGCGGGGGUGGUGGUGGCGGCGGCGGAGGUCCUGGCGGUGCCAGCAUUACUCAGGCAAUCGCCCAGGCUGCUGCAGUAGCCGCUCGCUUGGCCGCCUCGGCGGGAACAAGCUGUGAGGAGCAGAUCCGUCUGCCCGAAUCGGUGGCCGGCGCCUUUAUGGGUCGUUCCAGCAACGACACCAUCACCCACAUCCAGGCCGAGUCCGGUGUAAAAGUGCAGGUUAUGCAGGAUCAAGAUCGGGUUAUCAUGCUGCGUGGUCAAAGGGAUACAGUUACCAAGGGCCGCGAAAUGAUUCAGAACAUGGCCAAUCGGGCUGGCGGGGGACAGGUUGAGGUGCUGUUGACGAUCAACAUGCCGCCACCGGGACCUAGCGGUUAUCCACCUUACCAGGAGAUCAUGAUUCCGGGCGCCAAGGUGGGCUUGGUUAUUGGCAAGGGCGGCGAUACCAUAAAACAGCUGCAGGAGAAGACCGGAGCCAAAAUGAUCAUCAUCCAGGACGGACCAAACCAGGAGCUAAUCAAGCCCCUUCGCAUUUCCGGCGAGGCGCAGAAGAUAGAGCACGCCAAGCAGAUGGUGCUCGACCUGAUUGCCCAGAAGGACGCACAGGGUCAGCAGCAGGGUGGUCGGGGCAGCGGAGGAGGUGGCGGCGGUCCAGGCAUGGGAUUCAAUAACUUUAAUAAUGGCAACGGCGGCGAGAGCACCGAAGUCUUUGUGCCCAAAAUUGCAGUUGGCGUGGUCAUCGGCAAAGGCGGCGACAUGAUACGUAAAAUACAAACUGAGUGCGGCUGCAAACUGCAGUUCAUCCAGGGAAAGAACGACGAAAUGGGCGACCGCAGGUGCGUCAUUCAGGGCACUCGCCAGCAGGUCGACGAUGCCAAGCGCACCAUUGAUGGGCUAAUUGAAAACGUGAUGCAACGAAACGGCAUGAAUCGAAAUGGCAAUGGAGGAGGCGGUGGCCCAGGAGGAGACUCUGGCAACUCAAACUACGGCUAUGGAUACGGUGUUAAUCACGCCCAAGGUGGACGGGAGGAAAUUACAUUCCUAGUUCCCGCUUCCAAAUGUGGAAUUGUUAUUGGUCGCGGCGGUGAGACCAUCAAGCUGAUCAACCAGCAAUCUGGAGCGCACACUGAAAUGGAUCGCAAUGCCAGCAAUCCCCCCAACGAGAAGCUCUUCAAAUCUAAGGGCACCACCGACCAGGUGGAGGCUGCCCGCCAAAUGAUUUCCGAGAAGAUCAACAUGGAGCUGAAUGUCAUUUCUCGCAAGCCCAUCGGUGGAGGUCCCGGCGGUGGUGGCGGAAAUUCUGGCGGUGGCCAGAACAACUCCCACCACAAUCAGCAGCAAGGCGGCUAUGGCGGCCAGAAUCAAAUGCAGGGAGGCGAUCCCAACUCGGGAGCUGGCUACCAACAACAGCCUUGGGGUGGACCCUACGGGCAGCAAGGUUGGGAUCCGUCCGGUCAACAGCAGCAAAUGGCCAUGGCUAAUCAAGGAGGCGCUGCUGCUGGAGGAGCUUCCGGUGGCCAAGACUACUCGGCUCAGUGGAUCGAGUACUACAAACAAAUGGGAUGCCAUCGUGAGGCUGAAAUGAUCGAGCAGCAAAUGAAGGCCAAGCAGGCGGGCGGCUCCUCCGGGCCUGUCCAGCCGCAACAGCAGCAACAACCCCAACAGCAGCAACAGUCCCAGCAGCAGCCAGGAGGCGCUGGUGCCGGAGGAGCCGACUACAGUGCCCAGUGGGCGGAGUACUAUCGCAGCGUGGGCAAGAUUGAAGAAGCUGAGGCCAUCGAAAAGACAUUAAAGAAUAAGCAGCAGAACGGAGCUGGUGGACAGAGCAGUACGCCGAAUUCCAGCCAGGGCGGCCCCAGCGCCGGCCAGCAGCAGCCCAAUCCCGCUGCGGCGGCGGCGGCAGCAGCUGCUGCUGCAGCGGCGGCCGGUGGUUAUGGCCAGAGCAUGACGCCCACUCAGUAUGCACAGUAUUCGCAGUAUUAUGCAGCUGCGGCUGCAGCUGGUGGUCAGCCCCAGGGAGCGCCUCAGCCCGGUGGAGGGCAGGGCGGUGGUCCGCCGGGCAACUAUCCUGGCAAUUAUCCGGGCGCUGGCUACGGCGGCUAUCCCGGUGCGCCGGGCCAACAGCAGCAGAAAUCGCACAAAAACGACAAUCACUGAGGACGUUCGGCGGGAUCGGAAUCGUCGGUGGCGGGAAGGAGGUGUAUGUGGGAGUGGAAGCGAACGCCGAAGUGGAAGAUGCUGCGGGUUGAGGACGAUGCAGGUGCCUUGAAUGGGGUGAGUUUUUAAGCUAAAAACAUUUCCAGUAGUUGUCAGAGGAGUGUGUUUAUGUAUAUUCUAUUGAAAUUGAAUUGCCGCCUAUAAAUUAUAUGCAUUACGUAUUUUUGCGUUUUCCAUCUGCUUAAAAAUGAUCGCUUUAUUUUAGAAAAAUCAAUAUUCCUCAUCUGCAUUACAAAUAUUUUACACAAUACAAUUUUGGGUUCACAUUUUCCAAUUAUGUUGGUACGAAUUUGUAUUUUGGGCGAGAUCAAUUUUUCGGAGAGGAUUUUAGGCAAUGAUAAUCAUGUGUCAUAGUAUUGGCCCACAUCGGAUGGGUUGUUUGUUUGCAGAUGAUUAUCAUUUUCCUCCAAAUCUAAGUUUGUUGACUCAAUUGGAAAAUGGUGUGAUCCAUUGCCUACAUUAUGACUUGUAAUAGCCUAACCAAAUCUUGUUUACCAUGCGUAAAACUCUUUGCAGUGAUCUAUUGUUCUACUAUGUCCUAUGUCUUUUAUCCCCCCACAAAACUAGCAAAUCAGAAACGAAUUGAUUUUUAAUUGCAAUAACAACAGCAAAAGCAAAAGCAGAAGCAUCACCAUGGGAUGAAGGCGGACAUCAGGCGAGGACCCGGAUAAAUCGGAGAACGUUAAGCUUUUGCAGAAUUGUAAAUUAAUUAUAUUAACACUGUCUAUUAUUUGGAUACUGCAUAUAAUUUCACCAUUAGCUUGUAAGCGAUUAUCCCGAGAUCCUAAGUCUACUUUUACCUUAUAACUACAUAUAAUUCCGACCGAUUGAAACAUAAUGCUCUUGCUGUUCAUGAUCACCACUUGCACAGACAUACUAAGAGACGCUAAUUGAAUCCGUUUUGGGUGUUUUUUUCAUUUUUUAUACACAUCUGCAUAUAUAUAUUAUAUAUAUAUAUAUUAUAUAUAUAUACAUCGCAUAUAUAGGUUCUUUCACCGUGAAAUCAGGCAACCGAUCUGCAAUGGGCGUUCUAGUAAUUAAAGGCACCCUUUGUUAAACUUCUCAACUUUAAUGGUAGCAAUAAACAAAUCGAACGUUUUAUAUACACGAACUCAUUUUCACGUACUUAGCUUAGCUUAGUUGUACUAGAAGCCAUUUGAACUAUAUAUGAUCGACAUUUACACUUGAUCAUAUAUACAUAUGUCUGCUGAUCUGGUAAGAUUUAAAAGAUUUGAUCGAACCUUUCUUUCAAUUUGAUUCAAGUGAGGGCCUGGUACAAAAGGUUAUCUUCUUUAAUUGAUAUUUAACAUCUUGCAUAACAAUAUUUUCAUCUUUCAGUUCUGGAGAAUCCAUGAAAUCAUUUUUGUAGCACUAAGGUGAAACUGAACUGACUUUUAAAUUAUUUCGUGCUCUAUAAUAUUUUUUAAAAUUAUAAACCUGGUUUGAAUAUACUUGCAAUAUUUACCUUUAAACGAACGCGCAGGAUAAUCAUGCUUGCUUUAAUAUCUAUUUCACCGAAUGCAAACAUAAAGUAUGUUAUUUUCAGAGGCCGCUCUUCAGACCAGUUAAUAGCAGAAAUACGAAAUCAAACCCCAAAACUUUUUCACACUAUAACAAAACAAAAAACAAAAACAAAAAACACGAUGAAAUACGAACCAUACAUAUAUUGUAAAAGUGUCAAACUUGGUAAGAUUGUGUGUUGUUAUUACUGUCUAUUAAACAUAUUGCAAUUGAAACAAUGAAACUUACCCAAUGAAUGUAGGUCUACCAUAAUUUAGUCUUAAUACCGAUAUAUAAUCUAAGUUUUACGUCUCCCCAAAUAUCUGAUUGUUGCAACAGCAGAUCAACCAUAUUGUAACCGUUGUUCGGCCACGCAGGAUCAGUUCGGGACUACCAUCCAAAUCCUGAUCCUCCGUCCUGCGGCCGGCAAAGCAUUGAAUAAACAUUUAAUAUACCAUAUAA